AUGACCCGGCACCGGCGGAGAGCACAGGGUGGCGCGGCUCGGCAGAGGAGUAAAAGGACGCGGGGGCAACCAGCACAGCCGCAAGAUGCCGAUCUCCUCGCCACUGCCGCCUCCGGCUUCCUCGCCACUGUCACCGUGCCACUGCCGAUUUCCUCCCCACCACCGCCGACUUCGAUGAACUACAUGAGUGAGAGUUUGUACGAAGACGAGGAGUUUGUCCAGAGGCAGCUUUUAGCACUAGUUGCCCCUAAGGUGUUUUUCUACUUGGCCGAGCUAAAUGGUGCUCUGUCGUAUGCACUUGGUGCUGGACCCCUGUUUGAUGUUUCUGAUGACUCUGUUUACGCUCAAACACUGUUAGCAAAAGCUUUGGAUGAACAUACUGCCAUCCAAUCAAGAGCCACUGGGGAAGAAAAAACGAUGUACAGUGGCUGCAGGCUAUUGUGGAAAGGAUGCUGGACAAGCACAGAAGUUAUGAGGUACAGUAUCUGGUGUUGGAAAGUCUCUGAAGAUGCAAAACCCAGGUGUCAAGAUCAUCUGUAUUCAGCCAGAGAAAAAUGUUUCAUUGAGUUUAUCUAUGGUUCCAGGAAAGCUUGUGCGAUCAAAGUUGGAAGCUCCUUUACCAACCAUCAAGUUCAGGAGAAGCUCAAGAGCAGCUGCCACUUCCCUUAA